AUGGUGGGCAAGAAAUCAGGAAAGGCCCUUCGGGAUGAAGGCCUGGAGCGAACAGACAAUAAUAUGGACCUAUCCAGCUGGCCUCAAAUUCCGGCGAUCAAUCAGAAGAACUAUUACACUGAUUACCUCAAGAGAGAUGACCAGAACCUGGCAUUCAGACUCGCGAAUGAAGAGGCGCGAACCAAGAUGACCAAAACUGCGAAGGAUCGGGAUCGUGCCCUCGCCAUGGCUAAGCCUGAAGCGACAGAGGCCGAGGUGGAGGCGGACGGCGAUGCCAACAUGGAGGAUGCGGAUGAGACACCCGAGGAAACCGUGGGCUCCAAGGUCAUUGUCAUUCAUGUCGGAAGCCAGAAUUUGCGCAUCGGUCUCUCAAGUGAUGCUUUGCCAAAGACCGUCCCGAUGGUCAUUGCCCGCAAGUCAAAAACAAGCGAAAGCGAAGACCAUGAUGAGCCCAGGCCGAAGCGGAUGAAACGGGAGGAUGGCACCGAGGAGGAGCCAGAGAAUCAAUUUGGGCCUGAGUGGUCUGCUGACUUCAACAGGAUGUCAUCAGAACUCAAAGUACGCAUGCGACAGAAUAAGCGACGCAUGCUACCCAAUUCCAAGGACAUGGUUGUGAACUACAACCGGAGGCAGAGACCAGAAAUAAUCUCUGAGCAUAACGACCCCUCGCGUGUCGAAUGGACUGAAUUGUCCAACCCCCCACCGGAAUACAUUGUCGGACAAGACGCACUGAGAAUUCCCGACUCCUCAAAGCCCCGAUACAAGCUUUAUUGGCCUAUUCGCAAUGGAUGGUGCAAUGAAACUGACUAUCAAAGCAAGACGAUGCUCUAUUUGGACCUUUCGUUGAUUCUCGAGGAUGCGAUCAAAAAUCAAUUGGGUCUGACUUCCAAGAAAGACUGGCUUCAAUAUUCAUGCGUAUUUGUCAUCCCCGACUUGUACGACAAGACCUACAUCACUCAGGUCCUGGAGAUGUUGAUGCGCGAGUUCUCCUUCGCCCGAGUAUGUUUCAUCCAAGAGAGUCUGGCGGCGACCUUUGGUGCUGGUUUCACCUCCGCCUGUGUGGUCGAUAUAGGAGCGCAGAAAACAUCAAUCUGCUGUGUAGAAGAGGGUAUGUGCGUGGAAAAUUCGAGAGUGAACCUGAAAAUGGGUGGACAAGAUGUGACCCAGGCCUUUGUGAAGAUGAUGCUGCACGAUCAUUUCCCUUACUCGGAUAUCAACUUGUGGAGACGCUAUGACUUCUUGCUAGCUGAAGAGUUGAAAAAGAAUCUCUGCACGAUGACCGAGGCGAACGUUUCCCCUCAAGUGUUCGACUUUCACCUUCGCGUGUCUGGCGAGGACACCCAAAAACACACAUUCAGGGCUUUCGACGAGGUCCACUUGGCACCUAUGGGAUUCUUCGAGCCUACCAUAUUUGACAAUGAUCACAAGCUCGACGGUCGACGACGCCUUAUUGAACGAUCCGUUGAUAUCUAUGAUGGCCAAGCCAAUGAUCCUACUUCUGGCGCCCAGUCGGAGAUCAUGACUGCUCUUGCGCCUGCACUUACACCAAAUGGAACUGCCAACGCGGAACCACAGGCAGCGCCGUCCGAUGUGCAAGCAACUCCCAGCCGUCCUGCGACAUCCAACCCACUAGGUCGAGUUCAGGAGCAAGAAGCCACACCUCACUCUUCAGUUGCUGGUUCCCCGGCACCCGAGGUUGCGGCAACUCCACAGACAGCUGGGGCCAAUACUCCUGCCGUUUCUGCUCCGACUACACAGCCUGCUCGCCAGGCGAUGGAGCACCGAGACGAUAUUCUUCCGGUGUAUGCCUUGGACAAUGCAAUCCUCACCUCAAUUGCUCAUGCUGCCCGCUCCGAUGAGAAGAAGAUGCGUGACUUUAUCGGAGGUAUCAUGAUUGUUGGCGGUGGUAGUUUGACGAGUGGACUUAAUCUCUUCCUCGAAGAACGGCUACAACUUCCUCCGUCCAGGAUUCGCCAAAGAAAUCAUGAUUGGAGUGCCACCCAGAGACCUGAGACCCACAGCUGGAUUGGGAAACUCGAGUAUGACCGCUUAGGGCACCGCUUGAUGGCUUACAAGUGCAUGUGGGCAUACUGA